GGAGGUAGGCAGAGCCGGACGCCGCUGCCGCCGCUGCCACCGCCGCCUCCGCUCCGCUCGCCUCUGGUUCUUCAAGCUCUCGCCGCCCGGGAGCAGCUGUGCCGGCGUCGGAUCCCGCGGGGAAAGCUUCCAUGCCCAUGUUGAAUUACUCCAACCGUUGUUGUUCAAGGGUGCCAACGUCUUUCAUGCCUGUAUGGUGGAACCAGGGCAAGAUUUACUGCUUGCUGCUUUGAGUGAGAGUGGAAUUAGUCCGAAUGACCUCUUUGAUAUUGAUGGUGGAGAUGCGGGGCUUGCAACUCCAACACCUACCCCUCCAGUUCAGCAGUCAGUGCCACUUAGUGCAUUAGAACUAGGCUUGGAGACGGAAGCAGCAGUUCCUGUUAAACAAGAACCAGAGACGGUACCUACUCCAGCACUAUUAAAUGUUAGGCAGCAGCCUCCAUCUACUACAACAUUUGUGCUGAAUCAAAUAAAUCAGCUUCCAACUUUGGGAUCUACGAUUGUAAUGACUAAAACACCACCUGUAACAACGAAUAGGCAAACCAUCACUUUAACAAAGUUUAUCCAGACUACUGCAAACACACGCCCUUCAGUCUCAGCGCCAGCAGUACGAAAUGCCAUGACCCCUGCACCUUCAAAAGACCAGGUGCAACUGAAGGACCUGCUGAAAAAUAAUAGUCUGAAUGAACUCAUGAAACUGAAGCCACCGGCUAAUAUAGCCCAACCAGUUGCAACAGCUGCUACUGAUGUAAGCAAUGGUACAGUAAAGAAAGAGUCUUCUAAUAAAGAAGUAGCAAGAAUAUGGAUAAAUGACAUGAAAAUGAGGAGUUUUUCCCCGACCAUGAAGGUCCCUGUUGUGAAAGAGGAAGAUGAACCAGAGGAAGAAGAUGAAGAAGAAAUGGGUCAUGCAGAAACCUAUGCAGAGUAUAUGCCAAUAAAAUUAAAAAUUGGCCUACGUCACCCAGAUGCUGUAGUGGAAACUAGUUCUUUAUCCAGUGUUACUCCUCCUGAUGUUUGGUACAAAACAUCCAUUUCUGAAGAAACCAUCGAUAAUGGCUGGUUAUCAGCAUUACAGCUUGAGGCAAUUACCUAUGCAGCCCAGCAACAUGAAACAUUCCUACCUAAUGGAGAUCGUGCUGGCUUCUUAAUAGGUGAUGGUGCUGGUGUAGGAAAAGGAAGGACGAUAGCAGGAAUCAUCUAUGAAAAUUAUUUGUUGAGUAGAAAAAGAGCAUUGUGGUUCAGUGUUUCAAAUGAUUUAAAAUAUGAUGCUGAAAGAGAUUUGAGGGAUAUUGGAGCAAAAAACAUUUUGGUCCAUUCAUUAAAUAAGUUUAAAUAUGGAAAAAUUUCUUCCAAGCAUAAUGGGAGCGUGAAAAAGGGUGUUAUUUUUGCUACCUAUUCUUCCCUUAUUGGUGAAAGUCAAUCUGGCGGUAAAUAUAAAACUAGAUUAAAACAGCUUCUACAUUGGUGCAGUGAUGACUUCGAUGGAGUGAUAGUGUUUGAUGAAUGUCAUAAAGCAAAAAACUUAUGUCCUGUUGGUUCUUCAAAGCCAACCAAGACAGGCUUAGCAGUUUUAGAGCUUCAGAACAAAUUGCCAAAAGCCAGAGUUGUUUAUGCUAGUGCCACUGGUGCUUCUGAACCACGAAACAUGGCUUAUAUGAACCGUCUUGGAAUAUGGGGCGAGGGAACUCCAUUUAGAGAAUUCAGUGAUUUUAUUCAAGCAGUAGAACGGAGAGGUGUUGGUGCCAUGGAAAUAGUCGCUAUGGAUAUGAAGCUUAGAGGAAUGUACAUUGCUCGACAGCUGAGCUUUACUGGAGUGACCUUCAAAAUUGAGGAAGUUCUUCUUUCUCAGAGCUAUGUUAAAAUGUAUAACAAAGCGGUCAAACUGUGGGUCAUUGCCCGAGAGCGAUUUCAGCAAGCUGCCGAUCUGAUUGAUGCUGAACAAAGAAUGAAGAAAUCCAUGUGGGGCCAGUUCUGGUCUGCUCACCAGAGAUUUUUCAAAUACUUGUGCAUAGCAUCCAAAGUUAAAAGAGUUGUGCAACUAGCUCGAGAAGAAAUCAAGAAUGGAAAAUGUGUUGUAAUUGGUCUACAGUCUACGGGAGAAGCUAGAACAUUAGAAGCCUUGGAAGAGGGCGGGGGAGAAUUGAAUGAUUUUGUUUCAACUGCCAAAGGUGUGUUGCAGUCACUCAUUGAAAAACACUUCCCUGCUCCAGACAGGAAAAAACUUUAUAGUUUGCUAGGAAUCGAUUUGACAGCUCCAAGUAACAACAAUUCACCAAGAGAUAGUCCUUGUAAAGAAAAUAAAAUAAAGAAGCGGAAAGGUGAAGAAAUAACUCGAGAAGCCAAAAAAGCACGGAAAGUAGGUGGCCUUACUGGUAGCAGUUCUGAUGAUAGUGGAAGUGAAUCUGAUGCCUCUGAUAAUGAAGAAAGUGACUACGAGAGCUCUAAAAACAUGAGUUCUGGAGAUGACGAUGAUUUCAACCCAUUUAGAGAUGAGUCUAGUGAGGACGAUGAAGAUGAUCCCUGGUUAAUCAGAAAAGACCACAAGAAAAACAAAGAUAAAAAAAAAAAGAAAAGUAUAGAUCCAGAUUCUAUUCAAAGUGCCUUAUUAGCAUCGGGUCUUGGAUCAAAACGACCUAGUUUUUCAUCUACACCAGUUAUUUCGCCUGCUCCUAACAGUGCACCAGCUAACAGUAACACCAACAGUAACACCAGCCUUAUGACAAGUCAGGAUGCCGUGGAAAGGGCCCAGCAGAUGAAGAAAGACCUCCUUGAUAAACUAGAAAAAUUAGCUGAAGACCUCCCUCCUAAUACCCUGGAUGAACUUAUUGAUGAACUUGGUGGCCCUGAGAAUGUAGCUGAGAUGACUGGCCGCAAGGGGAGGGUUGUAAGCAACGAUGAUGGAAGCAUAUCUUAUGAGUCAAGAUCUGAACUUGAUGUCCCUGUAGAAAUACUAAAUAUUACGGAAAAACAAAGAUUUAUGGAUGGCGAUAAGAAUAUUGCUAUCAUCUCAGAAGCUGCCAGCUCGGGUAUUUCAUUACAAGCAGAUCGGAGAGCUAAAAAUCAAAGGCGAAGAGUGCAUAUGACUUUGGAAUUACCCUGGAGUGCUGAUAGAGCAAUUCAGCAAUUUGGACGAACUCAUAGAUCUAACCAAGUUACUGCUCCUGAAUAUGUCUUUCUGAUUUCUGAAUUAGCAGGAGAACAAAGAUUUGCAUCUAUCGUUGCUAAAAGACUUGAGAGUUUGGGGGCGCUUACGCAUGGUGACAGAAGAGCAACAGAAUCCAGAGAUCUGAGCAGGUUUAACUUUGAUAAUAAGUAUGGAAGAAAUGCUUUAGAAAUUGUCAUGAAAUCCAUUGUAAACCUAGAUUCACCUAUGGUGUCACCACCUCCAGACUAUCCUGGUGAAUUCUUUAAAGAUGUUCGACAAGGACUGAUAGGAGUUGGCCUGAUAAAUGUAGAAGAUCGCUCAGGAAUCCUUACUCUAGAUAAAGAUUAUAACAACAUAGGAAAAUUCUUAAAUAGAAUUUUGGGCAUGGAAGUGCAUCAACAGAAUGCAUUAUUUCAGUAUUUUGCAGACACACUUACUGCAGUUGUUCAGAAUGCCAAAAAAAAUGGGAGAUAUGAUAUGGGAAUCUUAGAUCUUGGAUCUGGAGAUGAAAAAGUGAGGAAAAGUGAUGUUAAGAAGUUUCUGACUCCAGGAUAUUCAACCUCUGGCCAUGUAGAGUUAUACACAAUUAGUGUAGAGAGAGGAAUGUCCUGGGAGGAAGCUACCAAGAUUUGGGCUGAGCUGACAGGACCAGAUGAUGGCUUUUACUUGUCAUUGCAAAUAAGAAACAACAAGAAAACUGCUAUCUUAGUUAAAGAAGUGAACCCUAAAAAGAAGCUUUUCUUAGUUUAUAGACCAAAUACUGGGAAACAGCUCAAAUUAGAAAUUUAUGCUGAUCUAAAAAAGAAAUAUAAGAAGGUAGUGUCUGAUGAUGCCCUGGUCCAUUGGUUAGAUCAGUAUAAUUCAUCUGCAGAUACUUGUACUCAUGCUUAUUGGCGUGGCAAUUGCAAAAAAGCAAGCUUGGGAUUAGUUUGUGAAAUAGGUCUUCGUUGCCGCACCUAUUAUGUAUUAUGUGGCUCAGUACUGAGUGUCUGGACAAAAGUUGAGGGUGUUCUAGCAUCUGUCAGUGGCACAAACGUGAAAAUGCAGAUAGUUCGGCUAAGAACAGAGGAUGGACAGCGGAUUGUAGGUUUGAUCAUUCCUGCAAAUUGUGUGUCUCCUCUUGUAAAUCUCCUGUCAACUUCAGACCAGUCUCAACAGCUUGCGGUCCAACAGAAACAGCUCUGGCAGCAGCGUCACCCCCAGAGCAUCGCCAACUUAAGCAACGCAUAAGAACAGACAGGUUUCAACAUGGAUGUAUCUGAAAUGCUGUUGAAGCAUAUCAUUUGCAUAAAAAUCAGGGACAGUUUCCAAAGAAUUAUAAUUUUUUUCAGUUGUGCUCUCUCUAGUUAAUUUUUUUGGGAAUAAGGACAAACCUGGAAUAGAUAGCAAAACUGAAAAUCAGCGGUGCCGAUGGUGGUCCACAUGUCUUUCCUUUUGCUUUUCCCAUGGUACUUCCCACAUGCUUUCACUUUGGGUGAGCAGAGGGGUAUGUGCGCGUGCGUGUGUGUCAGUCUGUUUGUUUGUUUGUGAGUUUCUUAAAGGCUACGAACCACACUUGGUUUAAAAAUGCUUGGAACUUCCCAAACUGGCUUUACUUUAUGUUAUACAGUGCUCAGGGUUAAUGCAGUACAUCCAUGCCAUUGCUGUGGGAGUUAUCCCCGGAUGCAUGUGUUUUGAGUCUAUAAAUAUAGCAAAUAUAUAUUGAUUUCUUUUUCCAACGUAUUAAAUAAUAAGUUUAUUAAAGCAUGAAAUGAAAGGUUGCAAUAUCAUGCAUUCAGGUUCUUUUCUAGUUCUUGUUCUGACAGUGCAUGUCUUUGAAAGCAUGCGUAAACAAGAUUAACACAGAAGUCAAGUAACGGAGAGAAACAUUUGUAGAUGUACAGCAUUGGUUAUUGCAUUUUUCUAGUGUUUAUACCUGGGUAUUGCUUCUAACCCUGCAAAUCCCUUUCCCCCCCACCUCCCCAUUCUCUGUGCCCCAGGUUUCUUGUCAAGGUAAUGAGGACAUACUUUUUUUUUUAUGAUAAAACUCUUAAAAGUUAAUUUUAAUGUAUUAAUAGUAUUCCUAAUGUGCUGCAAAAUGGCUACAAGCCUGCUUUUCUUAAAAUUACAUUUUCCUUAACUUAAAGCUAGUUUUAGAAAGAAGUACAAAUUGGCUUCCAUCUUGCAAGCAAUCUUUUUUUUACUUCAUUAUCUUAAUUUGCUUUGUCACUUAUAAAAAAGGAAACCGUACUUGAGUUGUAAAUUAGACAAUGAGGAAACACUUGAGGCUUCUGCUGUAUGUUUAUUUCCUGUUGUUAUUGUUGUUACCCAGUAACUUGAAUAUUGUUUAAUGUGUUGUAAGACAUUGUAGAGUUUAUCUCAAGCUGUUAAAAAUGGUAAUGUACAAAUGUGAAUAGACACUUAUCUAUAAUAUGGGUAAGUUUUGUUUUGCCUAUAAUAGAUGUUUAUAAAAACAAGUGAGGGGACAAUUGGUCUUUUUGUUUCCUUUUUUUUUCUUUCCUUUUUUUUGCUUGCACAGGUUGCACUAUUGAAAAAUUGAGAUUGUAUAAACCUGGUCAAAAGCUGCAAGAUAACCACAGUCUUGUAGAUGUCAAAUAAAAAGUUAUUAUACUAACCAGAAGUGGACUCUUGUUUAGGCCCUCACCACCUUCAGAAGUAGUCUGUGAUGGGGAUUCUGCAGAACUUGCGUGUUGCUCAGCAUUCCAGGUAGCCUUAUAUUUUGGCUUAAAACUUACCCCUCAAAACUGAGAUGGUGUUGAGGAAGGGGUAAAGUGGUAGUACUUUUGAGCGUUACUCAAGUUGAAUUGUUCUCCUUUGUUACUUUUUAAACUCCUUGCAGAAUCGAGUGAGAUGUACGUUAAGUGAUGGAAAGCUAGUACUUUCAUCCUCUUGUGUUUCUUUAAGCCUGAGUUUGAUUAUGUUAAGUUUACCCUAAGUUUUCUUUCUUUGGAUUUAUUUAUUCUUGAUGCCUAAAAGAACAAAUUGAGAAUAAUUUCUCUUCUUUGGCAUAUUUUGCCCAGUGGAUGCAACUUUUAUCCUCAGUCUAGUCUUUGUAUCUCAGGCAGUGAUCCAUAUGAAUAUCAACUAAUGUCCCUUAUUACGGCCGCUAGACCCAACUGGCAGCCAAGAGCGGAAUUGUCCCACCUGCAGCAACACUUCCCAGUUAGUUCUAUUUUUAAACCAGUAGCCCAGUCAGCUUCCAUCGACAUACUGUGGUGAAAUGAGGCUGGGAAGGGAAGCAUAACAAACCCGCUCCCUCCAGUGAGACAAAAUGGCAGGGUUGGGGCAGAUAGACUCUCAUAGGCUGUUGGCCUAAUUUCCUUCUUCUGUGUAAGAGGGCAUCUGUUAGCAGGUUGUAGUUUUUUCCCAACAGCAUCAGUAUGAGCAUUCUUUAGCAUGCAGUUAGUUGACCUCCAUAGUUCAUAAUAUGUUUGCUCUUGGGAUAGCUGUCUUGAUACAAAGGGGCAUAUAUAUGUUCUGUUCUUUGUAGAACAACUUCCUUUUGCUUUUUAAAAAUAAGGUCCAGAAAUAAGGCCUCUGAAAACUCACGAAGUAGACCUCAAAAAGGCAACCAGUGUAAAUGGAUGGAGAGCUGAGGUGCCACAUGCCCAUGCCCAUCAUGGUUUGUGUGCAUGUGAGCACUGAGUCUGCUGCACUUCCCUCUGGAGGUGAACAGAUGACCUUUACACUGUGCCCUUAUCCAAGUCAGUAAGUUCAGGUUGGCCAACAUGGGGAAACCCAGCAUUCGAGGUCCCCCUUUGUCAAAAUAAAUCAAGUCUUAACAACAGGGAGCUUCUGUAAAACAGGUCCAUGUGUUUCAGGAUCUGAAUGCCACGUCUGAACCCAGGGGCCUUGUUGAACCCAAUGUGAGUCCAUUUGGCCUCUGCAAUGCCUUUUCUCCCUUUUUAGCAAUAUGGCUCUGAGCACAAAGACUUGAUUGUAAAUCAUGUUAGUGUUUUCAGAGUUUACAGUGUUGAUUGUACUGAAAACCACUUCCCGAGUCCAGAGCUGCUCGAAUGGGAUCUCAGGGGGAAUUAGUGUUCCCCCAAUUUAGCAACCUCCAUACCACACCGUCUCUAUCUGCACUUAAGUUUAAGGGACUAUCCAGAUAUGUAUCAAUGAUGUGAAUUCCUAAAAGUAUUAACAAAGUAUUUCUUUAAACACAACUUGAUCAAAAAGUAAAUAUCUUAAGCAGUUUUCCCUUUUUGCUGCUAAAUUACAGAUACACUCUUCAGUAUCUUUUCUUUACAUCUGUAUAUGUUAGCAAGAAUCUGCAUCCAAAGCAAUGUAGUGUGUGUAUGUAUAUGUAUAUUUAUUCCAAUCCCAUUAAUUAGCACUUCAGAAACCUUUUUGAGUUGCAAAAAUAAACUUUUUAGUUUUAUUUUGCUUCAUCUAUAAAGGUAAAAAAGUUCUAGAUUACCAAACUCCAGGAGAAUAUAAUAUUUUAGAGGCACUAUUUUCCGGCUAUAGCCCUUGGGCAUUUAUUUGCUAAUCUCCAUGUGAUGCUAUUAGAACAAUGUCUAACAGGCAUGACAGGAAAGGGUACCAGGACAGCAUUUACAAUAAUGGGAGCCUUUUCCUCUACUCCCUCCAUUUUCCAGUUUAGCAUGAGGGAAAAAAGCAAUAGAUUAGAAAUGAUUGUUGCAUCUCAGUUUAUGAAAGUAGGAGCAGAGGAAAAGUAUUUUUCCCCUGGGUUCUUUUCUUGAUAAGAUAUUCAGAGAAAGGUCUUUAUCUAAAUACUCUCAUUUUAAAAAUGUACCUGAGUGAUAUUUGAUCGUUUCUAAGAAUGGUGCUACAUAACAGUUGCUGUGAGGCUGGGAUCCGGUUAGUAGAUGUUUGGUCAGUUCGGGCGUCCUGGUGACAAAGGCAACCACUGUGAUGAUGGGCAUUUGUUGACUCCCCUUCCUGUGUCUGGGGUCUCCCCAGCUCACACCAUACCCAUGCACACGCACUGUGCACACUUUGCUGCUGGAAUUCAGCAAGCAGUCUGUGUCGUGGCUACAGCUGCGAACAAAAACCAUUUGUAAAAAUUCCUCAUGGGAUGCCAAUUGUCUAAUACAAAUGCAGUGUCUUUUUUAAGGGCAUAUUAGUGAAGGAAAUGCAUCUAGAUACCUGCAACUCAAGCUAGCUAGUAAUCUUCUUCUGAGUACUUGAGGUGAAACCCAAAACCCACCUUCUAAUUGUAUGCUGUACUUAUAUAUAUGUACAUAAAUGUGUAUAUAUAGAGAUGUUGAGUUCUUUUGAAUUCUGAAUGUAAAUAUUUCUUGUAAAUUGGGAUCCUACCCGCUUGUUUUUCCCUUUUCCCUCCUCCUUUCAAUCCUAUUUAUUCUUUUCUUGACUUCCCAUACGGGGCAUCUUAUAAUUUUUUUUUUUUAAUGAAGAAAAGUAUGAAAAACUUCUUAGUUGAAUUUGUUCAUAUAUUUUAGAAUUCAGUUUUGCAUCUUUACUAUAGAAUUCCUAUGUCUGUUUUGUGUUAAUAUUUUUCAACAUGCCUGAUUGUGUUUUGCAGUAGUAUUACAAAUUUUUACUGUGUGCAAUGCAUUGUAUUGGGGAGAAUGUACUUGAGUGCAAUUUCUGAUACUGUCAUUAUAUGACUAGUUAUGCUCAUUUAUGUUGCUCUUUGGAAGCUAUAGUGAGCGUGAUGUUUUCACAUCAAAAAAUUUCUUCCCAAGACUUGGUUAAGCUCCUCUAACUUCUUCAGUGCAUUUGGGAUCAAACUUAGCUCUUCAGUAAACCCGACUUGUUCCUACCCUUGCAAUUUUUCAGGCCUGCACCAAAUCCUUCACCUGUGUGACUCUCCAGCUGAGAGGAAAAUCUUGCAGAUCUUAACAGUGAUUUAUGGCCUGCUGCUGCUGCAAAUUUUCUAUGUUUCUUUAAGAAGUUGGGCCUAUACUUUUAACCUACAAAUAAUAAUCAGAAAUUUACUUUGCAAUGAGCACAGAUAAUCUGCUUCUACUCUCAUCUGUUAAGGAUAUUUAUAGCAGGUAGGGAGAGAGGCCUGGUACAUGCUGGUGUCCAUAUUGACAAGUAACAUUAGAGAAUGUACUUUAAGGAACAAUUGUCUUCCAAAAGAGAGCAACACAACUGCUGUGGAGGCUUCCAGGAGCCUCCAGCUCAUGGGUUGAUUCUGUGCUGAGGGUAAAACAGGCAGUUAACCAUAGAAGGACUGGCUAUUAGUAUCCCUGAGCUGCUCUCCCCACCAGGGUACUGGUGGAUUUAUCUUGACAGGAUCAGCCAUAAACCUAGGAGCUGAGCUGGAUUAAGGCAUUCUUAACGAUUAGUGUUGUCAGUUGGGAAGACCCGGAGGUGGCUCGGGAAAACCGUGGUGAUUAUCACCGGGGAGGCAAAUGUUGAGUUUUUCUUUACAGAUUUAUACCUUUAGGAAAAUGUUCCUCAGAACUUUCAGGAAAGAUUGCCGUGAGCAUUUCUUGAGCCUUUCAUUCCUGUACACAUUUCAUUUGUUACUAUUGAACUUAGUAGACUUGUUGAAAAUUUAAAAGUUGUCUGUAUUUAGAUAAAUCUGGGGAACCUAAUUGGUCAUGAAAUAGGGCCGGUCAGAGAUUAGCUCCAGAGUGAAUCCCUGUUCACACCCACCCUGCCCAGCUUUCCUUCUCUGGCGCCCGGGGAGUAGUUGAACUGCAGUUUGCAGCAGCAGCCAUCCCAGCUGCAGCGAGGUGGCAGGACACGGUUAAGCUAAGACUACCCCUCUAGUGCAGAGUCGAGCAAGGGACGCAGCCUGGGAAGGUCGGUUCUUUUUGAUACUUGCAAUUCAGGCUUCCUGGGGGCUCAAGGUCAAUCCACAGGCCCCUUAAUGAGCACUCACGGCUUUUCCACCUGCCCUCCCACCCUGAGGGCCCUUCUUGCUUUGACAGUAUUUGUGGCACUGAAGAGGAUAAAGAAGCUUGAGCCUUCUUUCUGACUUCCACUUUAGGGGGCAGAGAGCUUUUUUUCUCCGUAGCACAUUGCAGUCUCACCACCAUCAGAAAAAAUCAUCCUGUUCCUGGUUUAUACUGAAUUUGCAAACUACUGAUAUUAUUUUUCAAUAACCACUUGUAUCUUCCAUCAACCAUGAGGGGUGGGAAGAGGUACCCUGUAUCUCUGCAAUAAAACUUUGGCCAGGUUCUACCUCCGCUGAGCAAAGGAUACUUUUCUACGUAGGUAUAGAUCUUCCUCCUCUCCUAACCUGACAUGGUGCAUCUUGAGACAACAUAUGAUGGAAUCCAAAGACAAUUUGAAACAAAGGUGGAUGUAAACUCUUUUGGUUGUUUUUAUUUCGUUCUCUUUUUUUAAAUCUCUCUUUUUAUAUUGCUACUCUAUUUUGAAUGUCCGUCAGUGUAUGAAGGGUACACACUGUUCUGAUGAUACCGCACUGCUUCAUUCUGCCUUCCGUGGUGAUACAGUACCAAGUGUCCAGAAAUGAUUGUUACGACUAUUUUGAUGUGUAACUUUAAAAAUUGGGUUUCAUGCAAUAAAAAUGUAUUGGCUGCAUUUAGUGAGGUUUACCCUUGCGAGUAAGAAACGAUCAACCAUGAAGCAUAACAAAUUCUGUAUUUAGUUUUUUGUUGUUAUUGUGGGUUUUGUUUUUUGGUGUUUUUUUUUUUCUUUUUUUGUAAGAUUCUUAAAUAAAUUAAACUGGCUAAUA